GCUGAUUUGGACACCAUGCUACAGAACCGAAGUCUGCUCCGUGCCCUUUCGCACACGCUCUCGCCUCCCUUUUGUCUCCCGAGCCAGUUUUCCGCAAUUCCAGAUCUUUCACAGGCAAGACGUGUGCGCUGCACACGGAGCGCACACGGCAGCCGCGUUGCUAUGGGGACCGGGACACGUCCGCUCGGCGCUCGCAGUAAUCGCAGGGGACAAGCGCUCCCGACGGCAGCGGAGCGCUGCCCGCCGCGCCCCGGGCACCCCUCCGCCUACCGCGGGCAGCCCCCCGCCGCUCGGCCGGGCACUUUCGGGCGCUGCGGCCCCCGCGCCGCCCCGAACGCGCCGCCGGCCGGGCGGGCAGCCGGGGCAGCGGCGGGCGGUGCGCGGGCAGCCCGGGCCGGCCCCGGCGCGGCGGGCGGGCGCUGCGGGCGGCCCCGGGCCGGCGGCGGCGGGCGCAGGUGCCGCGGGCGGGGCGGGCGCUGCGGAGCCGCGGCCGGGGGCGCGGCGGGGCGGGGAGCGCCGGAAGUGACGGGGCCGGGCCGGGCUGAUUCACCUGCUGGGCGGUACGCGGGGCGCAGCCCGGGCACGGAGCUGGAGCCGCCGCCGGGUGCUCGCCGCGCCAUGGAGCCGCCGCUGCCGCUGCUCGGCGUGUCCUUCGUACUGCUCUGCUCCGCAGGUCUGACAAGAAGCCUAACUAUAACUUCAGUUGACCAGUCAAUGUUUGAAAAAGCACAAGGAGAGAAAGUUACGUUGCCAUGUACCUUUGAACUCUCGGAAGAGGAUGAAGGCCCACUAGAUAUUGAGUGGGUAUUGAUACCAGCAGAUAAUCAAAAGAAGGAACAAAUAAUAAUUAUGUAUUCUGUAGACAGGGUUUAUGAUCAAUAUUAUGCUGCUACGACUAGGCGAAUGCACUUUUCUAAUCUUGAUCCCAAAUCUGGUGAUGGUUCAUUGGAUAUCCUGAAUUUAAAGGCAGCAGACACUGGCACGUAUCAGUGCAAAGUGAAGAAGGCUCCUGGAGUUCAAAGCCAAAAAAUACAGUUGACUGUACUUGUAAAGCCGGCACGGACUAAAUGUUCCAUUGAAGGAUCACAGGAGAUCGGAAAAGACGUUACCUUGAAAUGUGUGUCACAAGAAGGAUCCCCACUUUUGUCUUAUGACUGGAGGAGAGUUUCUGGCGCACAGCAUCUUCCUGCCACUUCCGUGUUGAAUAAAAAUACAGGGGAACUUCUUCUGAAGAACGCCUCUCAGGAGUACUCUGGCAGAUACAGCUGUGUGGCCACGAACAGAGUUGGCACGGAUGAAUGUUCUGUUGAGCUGAAUGUCACCCCUCCCGUAAAUACAGCUGGUAUAAUUGUUGGAGCUAUUAUAGCAACUCUGCUGGGUCUCUCUGUACUGAGUUCUAUCAUCUUCUGUUUCUGUAAGAAGCACAGAGAGAAGAAAUAUGAGAAAGAAGUACAUCAUGAUAUCAGAGAAGAUGUUCCACCUCCAAAAAGUCGCAGUUCUACAGCUCGCAGCUACAUGGGCAGCAAUCGUUCUUCCCUGGGCUCAAUGUCUCCCUCCAACAUGGAAGCAUAUACCAAAACUCCAUACAGCCAAGUCCCAAGUGAAGACUUUGAACGUGCUGCUGCUCAAAACCCAGCCUUUGCACCUUCAAAGGUAGCUGCACCUAAUUUGAGUAGAAUGGGAGCUGUUCCUGUGAUGAUUCCAGCACAAAGCAAAGAUGGGUCGAUAGUAUAAAAUAUUAUUAAUUUAAAAGCUGUUUUUUAAAGUGUUCAUUUUAAGUAUUAGAGAAAACUACUGUGUUCCAUCCCUCAUUUAAACACUGGCAUGAAAUUUUCCUUGAAAAAACUAUACAAGUUAGUUUGAAAAGCCACCAAUUCUCAUAUUUAAUUUUAGACUUAUUCACAUAUGACCGUUGAACUAUUUGCUAAAAGCAUUGAAGUUCAUGAAUAAAUAUCAGACACUGAAGGUAUUUAGACCUCUGGUAGGUUGCUGAGGAGGCUCUGACACUGUCAGCUAAUGUACAGUUCUGAAUGUGUAACAGUGAGACACAAGUGAGAAGUAACAAAAGCAUUUCAUGUGUAGACCAUGAAGUUUUUCAGAAUUCCUGAGACUUUAUUCUCAGUUGUGGAAUAACAGAAAUAUUUUAACUUGGCCACUGUCUGGUAUAGUUGCAGGGGGCUGAAAUACAAGGGAUGACUUUGAAUUCUGUUUAAAUUGAGUAUUUAUAUGGUUCUUUAACCUUGUGAUGUUUGUUUGGAGUACUUGAGCUCUUAUUUCAAGGACAGACAGUUAUUUGAUUGGUUCAAUUAAUUUAAUUAAUCUGUUCUGAAUUUAAAACGGCAGUGAGUGGAAGUGUGACAGGAAACUUUGCAAGUUCUUUGAAACACAAUUUUUUCUACAAUAACUAAUUCUGGUCCUGUCAGAUAACUUAACACUUAUUAUCUGAUGCAAGAGGUCCUGUCAGGUUGUUGGUAGAGGUACCAAAGCUCUAAAACCUACAGACCAACUGUUACUGUCCCAGUAAGAAUGAAUUAAUGUAUCUUUAUACAUUUAUAAAUGUAUUUUUUAAGUUAAUUGUACCUUGCAUUUUCCAAUGCCUGGUUAGAUACUAAGGCAGUGCUCUUAGGGUUUUUCCAAAGCAAUUUCCUAGAAGCUCCAUGUGGAUUUGAUGAAACCUGUUAAAUAACUGGUAUUUGAUGGCUAUCCUCUUGCUCUAACCACUGUGGAACAACUUUUCUCAAAUGCACCUAAGCAGCUGUCAGUCCUUGUUCACGAUGCUAAUGUCUGGCUGUAAGAAUUUCAAGGAAUUCAAAGCUCAUUUUUUUCUUGCCUCUUUAACAACCCUAAAUAUUCUGAACCAAUGUUCAGACUGUGGAGAGCAAGAGUUUCAUGUAGGUGAGAGGAAAUAAGUACCCAGAAUUGUUGAUACAAAUCUCAUAUUGAAAGACUGAGAAAGCUUCUUCCCAAUUUUGCAAACUUAAAGCAAUACAGGAGAAACACAACAGUUUCUUGUCUUACUUUCACAUGUAUUUAAGGACUUCUUUAAGGUAGCUUCUGAUGACUGUUAUUUACCUGCAAAAGCUCCAUUUAAAACUCAGUACAGUUUGAAUCUGAAUUCUUUCUUCCUUCCUGUUUUCUACGUUUUUUAUCUUGUGCUGGGGAGCAGGUGAGGGAGAGUUCUUUUAGCUUAUUCCGGCUAGGGAUGUUGAACUGUAAGGUAUUUUGGAAAACUGUAAAUGCAUUAUGCUAUGUGCACUGAUGUUGAUGAAGGAAAAACCUGAAUAGCCUGUUGAAAGAUGUUGGUAUUAUUUGUGUAGCAACAGUGAGAGAAAACAUUACCCCAGACUUCUAGGUUUAGUAUCUGCUUAUCUGUAGCUGCCUAUAGAUCUGUGAUGAAUUCUUUGGCUUACUACUAAAUGUUUGUCCUCUCUGUAAAUAGGUGCACAAUUUUUGGCUGGCACUAUUAAUGUAAAGAAAUUCCCCUGCCCAUGGCAGUGGUUGGUACAAGGUCAUCUUUAAGCUCCUUACAACUCAAACAAUUUCAUGAUUUUAACAUACCCUUCAUACUGAAUUUAGAAACUUGAAUGGCUAUUAAAUAAUAUAGAAUUAGUUUUACACAUUUGGGACUUUUUUAGAUUGUAAACUGAUACUGUUAGAGAUCAGAUUUUUUAUCUUUCAUGUGUGCCUUGUCAAUAAACUUUGCCUGAUUGUAACUUCAGUUUUUAUGAAAUUUCUGGUGCCUAAACAUACUGUAUGAACAGGUGCUUAGAUGGUACAGUUCUUAAAAUAUGACACUGUGAUCUGAUUUCUUGAUUCUUAUGUACUAUUUAUACCUCUUCAUGCCUAUUUUUGGAUGUGAACUUCAGUGUCUCUCUCUGUAUUGUUCUGUAUUUCAAAAUGUCACUUGACUCUUCAAUUGCUAUGUAUGAUCUGAGUGUUUGUAUUCCUGAAAGUUCUUCAGUUGUUGUACCAACGAGAGGGACGACUGACUUUUAUUUAUGUGGGAAAUGAUAGGUUUAGUAAAUGUGCCAAACAUAGCUUCUGCAGAACUAUAGAUGAGGAGACAACUUUUUUGCAUCCAAUUAUUGUGUUAGAAGAGACUUCCGAGGCGUUAAUCAUACACUGAUUGUUUACCUUGAAACUAAGGCCUUUCUUAAUGAAAAGGGUAUAGUUACUACAAAUACAAGUUGAGUGCAAGACUAAACUGAAUCACAGAGUGAGAGAGAGCUAGAAACCUAAGGAACCAGGCAGCAAACCUACUAAAUUUGGUUCUAAGCCGACCUAUGUGUUUUUUAGUGGUUUGAGGUUUUUUAAAAAUUAAUUUUUAGUUUGUUUUAGUUUGGCCUGAGACCCUGUAACUUAUAGUCAGGUAAGCCCUAGUACACAGACUCAGAAACCUGUCUCAGUAAGGCACACGGAGCAGAGUUUACACAUGCUUGAUGCUCUGUCAGCUUGUGCAAAAUAAUAAAUGGGCAGAAGGACAGCCUGAUGUGCCCUCAGAGCCUGGCUGUUAGGCUUAGCAGCCUUGACAGUGUCUUUCUAUUUAUGUAAUUGCAUGGAAAAAUGAAAUAAAUGGAAUCCGACACAGUCCUUAUCUGAAACAGAGAACCUCUGACUUGAGGUAAACUCUGCCUCAAGUUGCUGUCAUCAUGCCUUUUGGGGUGGAUGCAACACUACUAUGAAAACAUAAUACUGCUACUAUAAAUUAUUUCUUUUGUCACUAGAUUGUUCACUUACACUGGAUUAUGAUUCUCAAAAGCAGCUACUGUAUUUUAACAAGGACUUCUAGCUGUGUGAGAGAUGAACUGGUUAAACAUGUGAGUUUCUGAUGUGACAGAAAGCUCUGCUGACAGAACACUUUUAGGAAGUGAUGGCAGCUGAUAUACCAGUUAGGAGGUGGCAUUUUUAAUGUCUCAUUUUGUUGUUUUUUUUUGUUGUUUUUUUUUUAAGGGGUGGGGGAAAGGGGGGAGGGUGGUACCAUUGUGUAAAUACUCUGAGCUCAAGAAACAUUUAGUUAAUGUCAUGACUGUAAAAUUGCCUGUUGAGGACUACUAUAUAUAGAAACCCCUCAAUUUUAGCAUGGUGUGAAUAAAGUGUUAGACUUGUAAUACUGUAGAGGUUAUGUUACACUUGUCCAUAUAUUACAAGAGUUUUCAUCAACUUUCUGCAGUGGGUAUUUAAAGAUACUUGUGUGAAACUUCCUUCCCUAAAAACAAAUACUUCUUCCAAAACUGGGUGGUGCACAGAAAUGCCUUGUUGGAGGGGUAAAACAUGACUUUUGAAAGAAAUGUACAACGCAUACGUCUUUCUCAGCUCUUGAUAGUCUCAUUAAUAUUAGAUGUAUGCUUCCUGUUUAAUAGUUCAAGUAAGACUUCUGAAUUGCAAGUUUUUCUGUAAUGCUCAAUAUUGUAUAUUACUGGUUUCCAUGACAAGCUUUUAGUUUUGUUCUGAGCAGUGUAUAUAUUCUGGAUCACUCUAGGUCUUUGUUCCAGUCUAAAGAUAUGAUGCUAUUUGUGUCACUUAAACCCUGUUUUAUACACUUGAUAGGUGCUUUUUGGGGCCCUUUGUUGAAUAGUCCCCUAGCACUGAGGCAUAGCUCAGCUGAAAUCGGAGCAAUAACAACUUCCUGGGAUCCAAUAUGUUACGAUGUUACAUUACACUUCUCAUGCACAAAGCAUGGACUUUGAACAUUGAUAUGAAUUUCAGUAUGAGGUUUUUAUAUUCACACUUUUGGGGGAAUGGUAUUUUAAAAUACAGGUAUUGUGAGUGAAUUUGUAAAAAAACAAAAUCCAAAAUUUUAAAAUGCUGUAGUUCCAUGACAGACUUGUGUACUUUUUGAAAUAAAACUGUUGGAGAAAACAGUAGUCUGUCUUUAUUUUAAAGCAGCACUUGUAUAUGGCUUCAGCUUUUUCUUUAUGUAAUUGGAAGUGAACUAAUAAAUAUGGCUGUGUAUACCA